AUGGACCCCUUCUCCGGCGAGGGUGAACUUCUCACUAUAACCACCGCCUUCUACACUCAUGCCUACCAAAGCGUCCUCGACUAUGACACAUCUGCCCUCUCCUCGGACAACAAAAAGACAGCACAGACCUUGAAGUACCGCGCACAGAUCGCCCUGGGCCAAGCAACCGCAGUACUUUCCUCGCUGAAGUCUUCCAAAGACGCAGCCUCUCGUUCCAUAGUAGCGCUGGCGCAACAGAACUCCGGAGACUCUUCUGCCGUCGAGACUGCUGCGUCUCUUGCCGAGUCCGACCCAGAAGAUGCGGUUGUUCAGAUUUGCGCGGGCACUGUCCUCGCAGCAGCAGGUGAAUACGCCAAAGCCAUUGAACUGUUGAACAAACAUCAAGGGAGCCUUGAGGCUGUGGCACUGCUCGUGCAGAUCCACCUGAUACAGAACCGAACGGACCUCGCUGUCAAGGAAGUGGCUGCUGCCAAACGCUGGGCUCAGGACAGUCUUCUGAUCAACCUGGCCGAGGCGUGGACGAACAUUCGCGAAGGCGGCAGUGACAAAUACCAAUCCGCAUUUUACGUGUACGAAGAGCUGGCCAGCACACCUGGAACCACCUCACCUACUGCGUUAGUGGGGCAGGCGGUUGCUGAGUUGCAUCUGGGUCGCAGUGAAGAGGCUGAGGCGGCGUUGCAGCAGGCCGUGGCGUUGGAAAAUGUGAACAUCCAGGCAAUUGCCAACAGCGUCGUUCUGGCGAGUCUGGUUGGCAAGAAACCAGAAGCGGUACAAGAGCUCCUCCAGCAAUUACAAGAGAAGGACCGUGAUCAUACGCUCUUGAAGGAUCUCGCGGAGAAGAGUCAGGCAUUUGACACUGCCGCUGCAAAGUACAGCGCAAAAGCUGCCGCCUGA